AUGGUUGGGAACAUAUCUCUUGUACCAGAUCAACCCUAUUCAGUUGAGGUGCCUCCAUCCCCGCGCACAUCUGCACGUACUUUACCUCUAGGCCGUUCCGCUCAGCUGCAAGCGCAGCAGCAGCAGCAACAGUCCACUCAAUGGGCUUCCUCUGCGUCCAUUCAGUUUGCACCACCUCAAACUGUUUACAUAUCAGACUCAGAUUCUGAUUCGGAGACUCAGCAACAGCUGCUGCCGCAGCAGCAGCAUUCUGUUCAAAGGGCUGCCUCUGUGUCCAUUCAGUUUGCACCACGUCGAACUAUUUACAUUUUGGACUCAGAUUCUGAUUCAGAGACUUUAGAAUCCUCAAGUGCCUCUUGGAUUAUUACACCACCUGGCUCACCCCAGCAUACCUCUUGGAUUGCCAUACCACCUGGCUCGCCCCACACCAAUCGGCCCCUGGAUUACUGUAAUGAACCUUCGGUAACAAUGUUCAAUUUUUCCUCUGCAACUCAGGAAUACCUGCAGGGAUUGGAUGCUUCUGCCCGCAUGUUAUGUCAGAUCGAUGCUACCCUGAAUCGAAGUAUUUCAGAGUGGAUCCACUGUUUCAAAGAGUCUGGUCUGACUAAUGCUCAAGCUUAUCAACUCCGUGGAAUAAUUCUUCGUGGUCUUUCAGAUGGUGACAUUUCAACUGUACUAGCUAGCGUAGGUCUCUGA